CCGAGGGGGCGGGAACCGUUGGGCUUGGCGCUUCCUGCUACAGUCCCUUCCGUAUACCCGAAGCCGCCCGGUCCGAUUUGAGAUGGAGGGAAGCGAAGGAGGCGAGGGGGGCUCGGGGCCGCCCGGACCAGCAGAGCGCUCCCAUCGCAGCAGCGUGUCCUCCGUGGGAGCCCGAGCGGCUGACGUGCUCGUGUACCUCAUGGACGACACAGUGGUGCCCCUGGCCGUGGAGAAUGUGGCCUCCAUCACUGCCCAGGACCUUCACCGCACCAUCCGUGAGGCCCUGCAGCUCCCUGACAUCGCAGUAGAGGCCUUUGCCCUGUGGCUUAUCUCACCCUUGCUUGAGGUGCAGCUGAAACCCAAACACCAGCCAUACAAGGUGUGCCGGCAGUGGCCAGACCUGCUGUUUCGCUUCACGGACGCCCCAGAGGAUGACAUGGCUGUGGAUGAGCCUUCGCUACAGUUCCGAAGGAAUGUCUUUUUCCCAAAGCGGAAGGAGUUGCAGGUCAACAAUGAGGACAUCUUGAGGCUGUUGUAUGAAGAGGCCAAGUUCAAUGUGUUGGAGGUGCGCUAUCCCUGUGACGUGGAGGACUGUGAGAAGCUCGGGGCCCUGGUGUGCCGGCUGGAACUGGGGCCUUACCGCCAAGGCCAGCAGAUGGCCUGUGCCGUGAAAGAGAAGCUUGACUCCUUCCUGCCUGCCCAUCUCUGCAAGCGGCCUCACAGCCUUUUCACAGCCUUCCGGAGCCGGGGACCCCAGCUGGUGCCCGGGGAGCAGGGCCUGUUGAGUGCCUACCAGGAGGUGAAGGAAGAGGCGGAGGGCCCAGAGGCUGAGCUGCUCACCAGGCAUUACCGGGCCUACCUACUCAAGUGCCACGAGCUGCCCUAUUAUGGGUGCGCAUUUUUCUGUGGCGAGGUCGACAAGCCGGCCCAAGGCUUCCUGCACCGGGGUGGGCGCAAGGCCGUGACCGUGGCCAUCAACCUGGAGGGCGUCCACGUCAUCGAUACCAAGGAGAAGCACGUCCUCCUGGGCCUGCGCUUCCAGGAGCUGUCCUGGGACUACACCUGCUCGGGCGAUGAGGAGCCCAUCCUGUGGCUGGAGUUCGAUGGGGAGAGUGAGGGCACGCCUGUCAACAGGCUCCUGAAGGUCUACUCCAAGCAGGCAGAGCUGAUGAGUGGCCUCAUCGAGUACUGCAUCGAGCUGAGCCUAGCCAAGGAGCCCACCCUGGCACAGGAGACAAAGGUCAGCCCCGCCGCCAGCCCCCAGCCACCCACCGCCUCUCAGCGCCAUAAGCUCCAGAGGCAGAGCAGUGUAGUCUGCAGCCGGACCCAGCACCUGGCCACCAUCGAUUAUGUGGAUGACGGCAAGGAGAUCAAGCGUGUGAAACCCAAACGUACAACUUCCUUCUUCAGUCGCCAGCUGUCCCUGGGCCCAGCAGCAUAUGCUGCGGUCCAGCCCACGGACAGUCUGGAGCAGGGCUGAAGGGGAGAGAGAACAGAGCACCCUGCCUGAAGCGAAGCCAGCACUGUGUUUGGGGCCCGGCUCCUGUCUGUCCCACCCUUGGCUGGGGAAGCAGCCAAGAGACGCACGGACAGCCCCAUGCUCUGCUAAGUUAUUCCUCUAAUUUAUGUAUGUGAUUCCCUCUUCUGUGCGUCUGUGGCCGGGUGACUUGGGACUUGGUGUUCAAUACCUUGGGUGAUUGUGGGGCCUCACCACCCGGGUUGGCUUGGGCAGGGUAAGGGUCUCCGCCAGUGUCGUCUGCUGUCCUGUGCCCCGGGCCUCUGUGCCUCCCCAAAGUGCCUGCUACCGUCUGAACAAGCCAGCUGAGAGAAGCAGCCUCCAAAGAAUCCUCCAGGGGGGGAUCAGAGCAGUAGAGCUGGUUCAGAUCCCCCUCUCUGACCCCAGCGGGCUUGGCAUCUACAUCAUCCACAUUCCUUCUGCUAAACACAUUGUCACACUCCCUCUUGGGGCUCCUGGAAGGGGAGGAACCAGGCCCCCAGGCUGCUGCUGGAUGCUCUCAGCUCACGCCCCGCUUGCCCUCGCUGCCGCUGCCGGAUGGCUGGGGAGAGCAGUCCCCCGCACAUAUGCUCUCCAUCAGCUCCUCCAGGAUGCCACAGCCUUUCCUCGGGCAAGUUUCUGCUUGCCAGCUGUUGUGUGACAGAAGACUGGGACAAGGGUGGGUUGAUGGAACUCUGGUGGGCAGAUUCAGGUGGGCUUGGAAUUCCUGUUGUCAACCAAGAGGCAAUUUCCUUUUCAACCCUAAGGAGGUUUCGCUUUCUGGGUUGAGCCUGUACCACCCAUGGGCCCUAGGCCCACGUACCCGCCUGGUCUACCAGAGGCUUCUGGGAACACCAGGAUCUCCAGCACUUUAGCCAGGGCCUACAUCAGUGGCACCAGGGCCCCACAGAGCCGAGAGCAUUGGGAUUCCCCAGGCUGGUUCAGGGACCUCCCUUAGGUUGGGGGUCCAGCUGGUGUGGUUGGCUGGUCAGCAAAGAGCUUUCCCUGCCACCCUGUAUUCAAACUGGACAGCUGGAGGAAUUCACUGUCACUUAAGGCCUUAACGCCACACCAUAACUCUUUUAAGCACAAUUUGAAUGGAAAUUUUAAUUUAAGGAAAACACUUGUUUUCUAGUCACAUUUUGUUUGAUUCCUCCCCCCCCCCCGAAAAAUGGCCAACAGCCCAAACCUUUCAACAGGGGAGAACAUGUCCCUGUUGCAGUCAGAACUGGGUUUGGGAUUUCUUUCAAGACUUUACUGUCACUACUAGUCUCAUAUUUUAAAGGAAAUGUGUCUUAAGGGAAAGGGACAAGUGUCAUCACUGGAAUUUACUUUGCAUUCCCUUCAUGCUGCUGGGAAAGGUGACCCGAUGUAAGCUGUCCGGUGCUCUCUCAGCCUCUCCCAGAUGUUUGGCAUUGUGCUGCCUUCUCUGAGUGGGAGCUUUCUUUAUUAAAAAAUGAAUGAAGGAUGUCGAGAUCUUCAUGAGCCGGCAGGACCUGGUGCCCACCCUCGGUGGCACCGGUGGCAGCUGUCAUGCUCUAAGCAGGGAGCGUACCAAGAGAUCCCUCGUACUGAGCUGCCUGUGGGCAAAAGCUGCCCGGCAGCUUGGAGCCAAGAUGCUGUAAAUGAGUGAGGGGAUUCUCUGGGUCUUUUCCUGGGCAGAGGGAGGGAUGCAGGUCAGUGAUAUAACUCUCUUAAUCAUUUUGUGUGUUUUUCUGUAUUCUCUCCUUCCUGUUCUUAAGACAACAAGUGAUGUUUUUACUAAUUAUUGUUACUCUUUUUUAAAUGGACAUACUAAUUUUUUGUAUUCUAUAAAUAACCAUUAAUAAUAAUAAAGAUUAUUUCUAGCA